AUGUUCAGAACCAUGUCCACUUCCACCUCAUCUUCAUCAACAUCGACAGAGACCCAUCGCCGCGCACCGCGGCGGUGGCUCGAAAACGCAGCCUUGCAUACCCCACCAGCGUUCUUCGCCAUGACCAUGGGAACCGGCAUCACGUCUAUUCUCCUAUACAACUUUCCUUACCGUGCACGAUGGCUGGAAUAUGCGGGAACAGUCGUGUUCGCCCUCAAUGUCGCCUUGUUCGUCCUCCUCUUCCUCGCCACAGUAGCUCGAUACGCAAUAUGGCCUGUAUGGGGUACAGUCGCCCGGCAUAAAGUCGCAGGCAUGUUCUGGGGAUGUAUGCCCAUGGGUCUGGCCACCGUUGUCAACAUGAUCUGCUUCGUGUGCGUGCCCGCGUGGGGCGUCCGAUGGGCUUAUACAGCCUAUGGGCUGUGGUGGGCCGACGUGCUGUUCUCCAUCGCGAGUAACUUGGGCAUGCUCUGGAUGAUAUUUACGAGACACGAACACACCAUCUCAACCCUCGCACCAACAUGGCUCCUCCCCAUCGUGGCGACAGUGGUCGCGGCUGCAUCGGGCGGAGUCGUCGCCCAAGCCCUCGCACCAUUCAACCCGUCCCUAGCAAGAGGGACACUCUACGUCUCGUGGAUUGUGUGGGGAACGGGCGUGCCCAUCGCCCUCAUGGUCAUCGCACUCCUCAUCUAUCGGUUUGCGGCCGGCGGGCCGCCUGCGCCGGGUGCCCUCGCGUCCGUGUUUCUCCCUCUUGGCCCAUGCGGCCAGGGUUCGUUCGGGAUAACGACGCUUGGCGUCGUCGCGCGUUCCCUCGCCGAAAAAUACGCCACCCCCAUGGUCCCCGUCUCCUCUUCCGAAUCAAUGCUGCGUAUCGCGGACGGAAUCUACGCAUCCUGUAUCCUCACAGGCCUGAUUCUCUGGGGUCUAGCGUUGGCGUGGUACGUCCUCGCCGUGGCCAUGUUUGCAGAGGGCGUGCGCCGCGACCCGGCCCUCCUGUCCGUUGGCAAGUUUACGGUCGGCCUCUGGGCUCUCACUUUCCCCAUCGGGGUGUGGGCGAGCGCUAGCAUUGUGCUCGCGGCCGAGCUCGAUUCUCCCGCGAUGCGGGUCAUCGCAGCCUUCGUCAGCGCACAGGUCAUCUUGCAUUGGUUCUACGUCGGAACGAUGACGCUAUGGAAGAUGGUGCGGGGGGAGCUGUUCAAUGCUCCAGAACUCGAGGGAAUGGACGUGCUCAAGCGCUGGGAGCAGGUGGCGAGGGAUAUUGAGGCGGGUUACGGCAAGGAGGCGGACGGCCACGCCUGA